GCGGGGCGGGCUCGGUUUCGACUUCGUUUGUGCGAGUAUUCACUCCGCUGCAGCGCCUCUUUUCAAUACAACAGAGCGAAGUACACUCCUUUAUCAUCGCAAGUGUUUCGCGGCGAUCUUACGACCCAGACCGGAAAAGGCAUUCAUCUACUUAGUUGGCAAUGGUCAAACGUGGCAAAAAACGAGGUGCACUGGUGCAGCCCAAUUUUGAUAGCAUCAAGCGCUUUUACGCUGUUGCGCCUUUCACUGGUGCGGAGCACGCAACUCUGCCGCCAGUGUACGCAGGUGCCUAUAGCCGACGCGCCGCAAUGAACGCUUACCACGUAGUGGGCUCGUCGCGUGACCAGAUCGUAUCGGAUGCCAUGCGCACUUUUUCUCCAUCGUCGUGCACGCAGGAGGUGACGAAUUUGUUUUUGGAAGUUGCAGCGCUCGUAUCGCUCUAUUACGACACAAAAGAACAGCUGCAGACACUGCCGGACAUAUGA